AUGAACAAGAGAAAAAGCCAAAUAGACCAAGACGAUGGACAGAGCAAGAGGAUAAGGACGGAUGAUACGAGUGGGUGUACAAACAAGAAUAAGACGCUCUCCACUCGUAUUCGUAAGCUUCCACCGCCGAUGCCAUCCUCACGCACCGCUUCUGGGCGUGCAUCCUCCGUAGCAACAACGAGCGCUGCGAAACGCACAAAUGUUAUCAACGUAAGCAGGAAGAAGAGCGCGAUCAAUUAUAUCCGCAGAAUUAAAUCGCUAGUCCUCGAAUUGGGCGCUACGAAGAUUAUACUCAAUACACUCUCUGCGGCGAUCCCAUUCACGCUCCAGCUUAUUCCAAUGAUUAGAAAGCACCUCGGUAACUCCACUAACGCCAUCAGAUUUCUUCUGCGCACUCGCACAGUCGACGUCAUCGAUCAAGUUCUCCCCACAGAUAAAGAGGCUGAUAUCGAAAUGCACCAGCGCAGUCAAUCUGCUCUUAGGGUUGUUAUGUUGGUCGGUGAGCGGCGUGAAGGUGAGCAGGGCGAUAGUGAUCAAGAUGGGAAUCAAGAUGAGCAGCAGCAGCCACAGCCACACGCACACGCACACGUACACCCGCAGUCGCACACCACAAAGCCAAAAAAUAGAGGUGUCAAAAGGCGACUCAAAGAUGAGCGCAAAAGAGAACAGAAGCGCGCGGAGAAUGAGGCUUACAACGAAACAAAUAAAUAA